CGCCGCGUCAGUCCAGAGUCGCACAAUUAUGAAAGAUCCACCUUCCGCUGGAGCUGCAGCGGACACACACGACUCCCAGCGCCGCCACCGCCACCGGGCUCACCAUCCGCGGCUUCCCGAGCAGCACGGCGCCGGUAGAUGGCUACACGCCCCGGAGCAGCGCCUCCACAGUCUGAACGGUGAAGAGAAUGUCCCAGAAGUCCUGGAUCGAACACACUUUCACCAGGAGGGAAUGUGUCUAUAUUCUGCCCGUGUCCAAGGAUCCGCACAGAUGCCUCCCAGGAUGCCAGAUCUGCCAGCAGCUUGUGCGGUGCUGCUGUGGGCGUCUGGUGCGUCAGCAUGUGGGCUUCACAGCCACACUGGCAGUCAAAUACUCGGAGGUGUCGGAGGAGCUGUCGGAGCUGGAGCAGUGGAGCGUGGAGAAACACACAGAGGAGAGUCCCACUGAUGCUUACGGGGUCAUCAACUUCCAGGGCGGAUCACACUCAUACAGGGCCAAGUAUGUGCGUCUGUCACAUGACUCGCGUCCGGAGGCGGUGCUGCGGCUGAUGCUGAAGGAGUGGCAGAUGGAGCUGCCGAAGAUCGUCAUCAGCGUUCACGGAGGGAUCCAGAACUUCGAGCUGCACCCGCGCAUCAAACAGGUGGUGGGGAAGGGCCUGAUCAAAGCGGCCGUCACCACUGGAGCCUGGAUCCUGACCGGAGGGGUCAACACAGGUGUGGCCAAACAUGUGGGCGACGCGCUGAAGGAACAUCUGUCCAGAUCGGCUCGGAAAAUCUGUACGGUGGGAAUCGCACCCUGGGGAGUGAUCGAAAACAGGAACGACCUCAUCGGACGAGACGUUGUAGCGCCGUAUCAAACGCUGCUGAAUCCUCUCAGUAAACUCAACGUCCUCAAUAACUUCCACUCGCACUUCCUGCUGGUGGACGACGGCACUGUGGGCAAAUAUGGAGCUGAAGUCAGACUGAGGAGAGAGCUGGAGAAACACAUCCAACUGCAGAGGAUACACGCACGCAUUGGUCAGGGCGUCCCAGUGGUGGCGCUGAUCUUUGAAGGGGGUCCGAAUGUGAUCCUGACGGUGCUGGAGUAUCUGCAGGAGAGCCCACCGGUGCCCGUGGUGGUGUGUGAGGGCACGGGACGCGCCGCGGACAUACUGGCAUAUGUGCACAAGCAGACUGAGCAGGAUGGUGCGCUGCCUGACGGUGUGGAGUCCGACAUCAUCACAACAAAUCAAAAAACCUUCAACUUCAGUCACAGCGACGCGCUGCACCUGUUCCAGACGCUGAUGGAGUGCAUGAAGAACAAAGAGCUGAUCACUGUGUUUCCUGUGGGCUCUGAGGAUCAUCAGGACAUCGAUGUGGCGAUUCUGAAGGCUCUCCUCAAAGGCACAAAUGCGACAGCGUUCGAUCAGCUGGUGUUGACGCUGGCGUGGGAUCGCGUGGACAUCGCUAAAGAUCACGUAUUUGUUUACGGACAGCAGCUGCUGGUGGGUUCUCUGGAGCAGGCGAUGCUGGACGCAUUAGUGAUGGACCGUGUGGAGUUCGUCAAACUGCUGAUAGAGAACGGCGUCAGCAUGCACAGAUUCCUGACCAUCACACGCCUGGAGGAGCUCUACAACACUAAACAAACACCAACAAACCCGACGCUGUAUCACCUGGUCAGAGACGUCAAACAGGGGAAUCUCCCACCGAACUAUAAGAUCACACUGAUUGACGUCGGUCUGGUGAUCGAGUAUCUGAUGGGAGGAACAUACAGAUGCAACUACACACGCAAACGCUUCCGCAUCAUCUACAACAACCUGCAUGGAAACAGCAGACGGUCGGGGCGACACACCAGCAGCUCUCACUCUCAUGAGUCCUUCAGCAUUCAGGCGGAUAAGAAGGAGAAAACCAGACACAACCACUUCAUCAAGACCGCACAGCCGUACAAGCCCAGGCUGGACUCUGUGUCGGAGCUGCAGAAGAAGAAGAGUAAGGAGGAGGUGGUGGACGUGGACGACCCGGAGACGCGGCGCUUCCCGUACCCGUUUAACGAGCUGCUGGUGUGGGCGGUGCUGAUGAAGCGGCAGAAGAUGAGUCUGUUCUUCUGGCAGCACGGAGAGGAGUCCAUGGCUAAAGCGCUGGUGGCCUGCAGACUGCUGCGCUCGCUCGGGGACGAGGCCAAGAAGAGCGACGUGGUGGACGACACCUCUGAGGAGCUGAAGGAGUACUCCAGUGAGUUCGGCACGCUGGCAGUGGAUCUACUGGAGCAGUCGUUCCGUCAGGACGAGACGAUGGCGAUGAAGCUGCUGACCUAUGAGCUGAAGAACUGGAGCAACUCCACCUGUCUGAAGCUGGCGGUGUCGUCACGGUUACGGCCCUUCGUGGCGCACACCUGCACACAGAUGCUGCUGUCCGACAUGUGGAUGGGCAGACUCAACAUGCGCAAGAACUCCUGGUACAAGGUGAUUUUGAGUAUCCUGGUUCCUCCGGCUAUCCUCCUGCUGGAGUACAAGACCAAAGCGGAGAUGUCCCACAUUCCCCAGAGUCAGGACGCACACCAGAGCAUGGAGGACAGCGAACACAACCUGCAGCAUCCAGACGACAUACAGAUGGAUGUGUUCAAGGAAGUGCGUUUGAGUGAUAAUGCAGAAAUGAAGAGCGAGUCGGAGGUGCACGUGCGCUCCCGCAGGUUACCCAUCACACGCAAGUUCUACGCCUUCUACCACGCGCCCAUCGUCAAGUUCUGGUUCAACACGCUGUUCUACAUCGGUUUCCUGAUGCUGUACUCAUUCGUGGUUCUGGUGAAGAUGCAGGAUCUUCCGUCUCCUCAGGAGUGGGUCGUCAUUCUCUACAUCUUCACACUCGCGGUGGAGAAGAUACGAGAGAUGUUCAUGUCUGAGGGAGGAAAGAUCAGUCAGAAGAUUAAAGUCUGGUUCAGCGAUUGCUUCAACUUCUCUGAUUUCCUGGCCAUCCUGAUGUUCUUCGUGGGCUUCGGUCUGCGUCUGGUGUCGGAGGUGUUCAUCGCAGGACGCAUCGUGUACUGCCUGAACAUCAUCUUCUGGUACGUGCGGCUGCUGGACAUCCUGGCGGUCAACCAGCAGGCCGGCCCAUACGUCAUGAUGAUCGGCAAGAUGGUGGCCAACAUGUUCUACAUCGUGGUCAUCAUGGCGGUGGUGCUGCUGAGCUUCGGUGUUCCCCGUAAAGCCAUUUUAUACCCAGAGGAGGAGCCGUCGUGGUCUCUGGCCAAAGAUGUGGUGUUCCAGCCGUACUGGAUGAUGUACGGGGAGGUGUACGCCUAUGAAAUUGAUGUGUGUGCCAACUCGAGUGAGGAUCACGUUCGAGAUCUGUGUGCGACCGGUGUGUGGCUGACGCCGCUGCUGCAGGCCGUUUAUCUGUUCGUCCAGUACAUCCUGAUGGUCAACCUGCUGAUCGCCUUCUUCAAUAACGUGUACCUGCAGGUGAAGUCGAUCUCUAACCUGGUGUGGAAGUACCAGCGCUAUCACUUCAUCCUGGCGUAUCACGAUAAGCCCAUCCUGCCGCCGCCGCUGAUCCUGCUGAGCCACGCCGCCUCGCUCCUCAGCUCCAUCUGCAGGAAGAGGAAGAAGGACAGCAGCACCUACGGGCCCAAGCUGUUCCUGACCGAGGAGGAUCAGAAGAAGCUGCAUGACUUCGAGGAGCAGUGUGUGGAGACGUAUUUCCACGAGAAAGAUGAUCAGUUCCACUCCGGCAGCGACGAGAGGAUCAGACUUACAUCCGACAGGGUGGAGACGAUGUGUGUGCAGCUGAAGGAGGUUGGAAAUAAGGUGAACUUCAUCAAGCGCUCUCUGCACACGCUGGACUCUCAGAUCGGGCACCUGCAGGAUCUGUCUGCGCUGACCGUGGACACCCUGAAGGCUCUGACGGCCCAGCGCGCUUCUGAAGCCAGCAAAGUGCACAACCAGAUCACACGUGAGCUCAGCGUGUCCCGAAACCUGGCGCCCGAGGCCGUGCCGCCGUCCAAAGCCAGCGCUCUGGUGCGCUGCAGCGUGGCCUUCAUGCCGCCUUAUAGCAUGGCGGACUCUCUGUUUGGGGGCGGGGUUGGGGCUGUGCAGGGGGCGGGGCUUCCUCAUGCUUCGCUCACAGCAGACUGUGUGCAGACACCGCAGAUGCGCCGCCGUGGACACCAGGAGCAUCUCUCCAGCGCUCCGGCUGCCGCCGCCAGCUUCUUCCUCAGCACGCCACUGCUGCAGCAGCAGGACCCGCAGGCGCCGCCGGAGGAGUUCGGGGCGUUCGUGGGUCACAAGGAUGAGCCUGAGGGUCAAAGGUCAAGCCCUAAAGAGAGCGCUGUCAGCAGUCCAUCCAAAAAGACCCGCGAUGUGGGUAACAUGCGGACGGUGAACUCUUACGCCGGCUUCACAGAGUUGGACAGGAACCCUUCGCUCCUGCAUCCAGAGUCCACACUCAGUAAGCAGGAGAAGACGCGUGUGUCGCUGGAGGACGUCUCUCGAUAUGAGGAUCUGCUGCUGGGGAAGUCCACUCAGUCCAGCAAACUGAGUCCAGGAGACGACGCCGCUAACACAGGUCUGUACGCUGGUCGUCACACACACCUGGGUGCGCGUAAGGACUCGAUCGGUUCUCCAUUCAAGCCCAUGGAGAGUUAUCAGUAUUCAGCGGUGGAGCGUAAUAACCUGAUGCGGUUGUCUCAGAGUAUCCCCUUCACCCCGGUGCCCCCUAGAGGUGAGCCGGUGAGUGUGUAUCGUCUAGAGGAGAGCUCCCCCGGCAGUAUCAAUAACAGCAUGUCGUCGUGGGCUCAGCGCGGGCUCUGUGCGAAGAUCGAGUUCCUCAGUAAGGAGGAGAUGGGCGGGGGGCUGCGGCGCGCGCUCAAGGUGCUCUGCACGUGGUCCGAGUACGACAUCCUGAAGCCUGGACAUCUCUACAUCGUCAAGUCCUUCCUGCCAGAGGUGGUCAACACCUGGCAGACCAUCUACAGAGAGGAGACCGUGCUGCACCUCUGCCUCAGGGAAAUUCAGCAGCAGAGAGCAGCUCAGAAACUCACGUUUGCCUUCAAUCAGAUCCGACCCAAAACCAUCCCGUACUCCCCCAGGUUCCUGGAGGUCUUCCUGCUGUACUGUCAUUCUGCCGGGCAGUGGUUCGCCAUCGAGGAGUGCAUCACUGGAGAUUUCCGCAAGUUUAAUAACAACAACGGAGAUGAAAUUGUGCCGACCAACCUUCUGGAAGAAACCAUGCUGGCCUUCAGCCACUGGACGUAUGAAUACACACGAGGAGAGCUGCUGGUGCUGGACCUGCAGGGCGUGGGUGAGAUUCUGACCGAUCCGUCGGUCAUUAAGAGCGGAGAGAAAGGGUCUUACGAUAUGAUCUUUGGCCCUGCAAACCUCGGAGACGACGCCAUUCGAAACUUCCGUGCCAAACAUCACUGCAACUCCUGCUGCCGAAAACUCAAACUUCCAGAUCUGAAACGGAACGACUACACUCCAGAUAAGCUGACCCUUCAGCAUGACCCCUCCGAGGGCCCGUCCCACUCUCCGCCUGCAGGGGCCGCCACUAAAGAACUGCGUCCCUCCAUGCGCUUAAUGCUGUGAGCCGCACACACACACACACACCUGCAGGACUCGCACUGUGCCGAGUAUGACGUGAUGACAAACACAAAGUGCACGUUUGCGUGUUUGGUGUGUGCGUGUUUUAUAUGAGAAUGCGUCGCCUCUGAACAAAUGAAAUUUAGUAAGUCACAUUUUAUCCUGUACAAUUCAUAACAGGGAUUAUCAACUUUUAAAAGUAUUUUUUUUAAACAUUUCUAUGUCUGUAUGGAAUUAUAAAGUGGUUAAUAACUGGUACAAUAUCACUGUAUAAAGUCAAAUAUUUAUUCUAAACGACAAGUUGCCUUGUAUAAAAGAAAAGCAAUUUUACGUGAUGUCUGUCACCUUUUUGCAGAGAACACUUGCUCAUUAUAUAUCUAUUAUCAGAUUUUGUACAGAGCUGUAUGCCAACAGAAUGUUUUUAUGUACAGAGAGCCACCAGUGGAGAGCUGUAUCAAUGCAUUUAUGUUUGAAUCUCGUUUAGAUUAUGGGCAGAUUGCAAUGCAAACGACAGCGCAGUGUGUGGGAUUUCAUUGUGCUGACCACUGAAACCGGUCCACACCAUCACAACUCAACUUUAUAAUGUUACAGCGGUACUUUUGUCAUUGGAGAAUCAUGCGAGAGUGUUAAUCUAGUGUAUCUCAUAGAUACAUGUAUCUGGCACGGUUCUGUCAGCUCAAACAUGAGAAUAUGCUGGGGAUAUAAAGGAUCUGUAAACAUUUUUUACUGUAUAUUUAAUAAAACACUGAAAAAGAAA